CGGGACCAGACCGGGACAAAGGACGACUCACGAUGACCCCGACAGCCAGCCUGCAGCCCGCUGCAGCCACAGCCAGCACAGCACAGCGCGUCAGCACUCCGUCCAGAGACUUCGACGAGGACGGCCAGCAGUUCCUCCCUUGCCGCCAACUGGGACGCGUCUCGCUUCCAUCCUCAGCGUGCUUCAUCUGCAUCCCGGCUUCGUUCAGCGUCCCUGAGGCAGUAAGACUCCGCGUGGCAAGUUUCCGCUAACGCCCCACGACAUAAGCUACAACGGAUCGCGAGUACUGUACGAGGGUGGGACACAACAUCCGACUGCCGCAGCCCUGAGGGCUCACCGAAGUCACUACAGAAGAUAUCAGUCGCGCAUUGGUUUUAACAGGAAGGUUGGUCAAGCUGCCCACCCGAGGACGCUGUUCCGUAUCACGCAAAUAUGCCGUUUGAAUGUAGUUAUUGUUCGAAGACGUGGCCCAGCGCAUUUGCCCUGAAGACACACUUUCGAACUCACACGGGGGAAAAGCCAUUUGAGUGUCCAGUUUGCAAGAAAAAGUUCAGUCAAUCUAGCAGCAUAGGAACGCACCUUCGCACGCAUACAAGGGAAAAGCCGUUUGAGUGCACUGUUUGCAAAAGAAAGUUCUCCACGAAUUGUUCGCUCAAAAGUCACCAUUCUAUCCACAGAGAAGAAAGGCCAUUCACGUGCGCAGUUUGUAAGUUUGCCUUCAAGCGGUAUAGUGACCUCAAGUUGCACCUUCGUAUCCAUACUGGCGAAAAGCCGUAUGAGUGUUCACUUUGUGAGAAAAAGUUUAGCUCAAGUGGCAACCUUGAUAAGCACCUCGUUGUUCACAAAGGGGAGAAGCCAUUCCAGUGUACAGUUUGUUCAAAGAAAUUUGGACGCGGAGAACACCUUAAAGUGCACCUCCGUACCCAUACAGGGGAGAAGCCGUAUGAGUGCUCGGUUUGCAAUAAAAGGUUUACGACAAGUUCGAUACUUUAUUCGCACCAGCGCACUCAUUCAGGAGAAAAACCAUUUGCAUGUUCCGCUUGUGAGGUGAAGUUUGUUUCAUCGAGUGACCUGAAGAAGCACUUUCGCUCUCAUACGGGAGAAAAACCAUUUGAGUGUGCGGUUUGUAAAAAGAGGUUUAGUACAAGUGGGAACCUAAAAAAUUCACAUUCGUAUUCAUACUGGUGAAGGGCUAAUUGUGUGU